AAGAAACUAGCCUUCCAUCUGCCAGUAUACAACUCUUCAAUCCACUUUUUCUCUCACUUUUCAUACACAUCAUCUCUCACAAUGUUCGCUCCCGGUCAGGAACAGCUCUCCAGAGAGGACAUCAAGGCUGGUGAGGCCCAGGCCAACCAGACCGUCCGCAUGGCCAUCACCGGCGGUGUCCUCCUCUACCUCUCUCCCUUCGCCGUCGAGUUCGUCAAGAAGUUCCUGUAAAUCGUGCAGCAUCCGUUCGAUGAUCAUCCAUCCGGCUCGUUGAACCCGAAUAUCCUCCUACCGGAGUAGAAGACUGCGGUACUGGAUACAAGGGCAGUGGUGGACAUGAAACCCAUUUUUUGAUGUAUACUAGAUCCAUUGGAGGGAGCCCCGGUUUUUUUUAUUUCCACCUAGAAAGAGAAUAUCUUGCGUAUGUUUCU